AUGGCAAAAGAGAUGAUUUGGCAUGCCACACAACGAAAUACAGAUGGUAUGCUGCGACACCCAGCUGAUGGAGAUGCAUGGAAAUCAUUUGAUUACAGAUUUCCUGAUUUUGCCGCAGAUCCGCGUAAUGUUCGCCUUGGUUUAGCUACUGAUGAUCUUGAGAAAUCUAAAGAUAACUUACAAGCUCGACAAGAUUUGGUUCAAAUUGGAGUAAAGCCUGAACUGCAUCCUCAUGUCCUUUCAGAUGGAAGUUAUGUCUUACCACCAGCUCUAUUUACCAUGUCUAAGAAGGAUAAGAUGAUGUUUUGUGAAGUUCUCAAGAAGAUGAAGUUACCUAAGGGUUAUUCAUCAAAUAUUUCUAAGGGUGUUAACAUUAAAGAGUGCAAAAUAAUAGGUCUAAAAAGCCACGAUUGUCAUGUACUAAUUGAGGAUAUUAUGCCUAUUGCAUUAAGAUCAUGUGCUCCAUCAAACGAAGUUUUAACCAUAAUUGUUGGGAUUUCACAUUUCUUGAAAUUCAUAUGUGGGAAGGUCAUAAAUCCAAUUGAACUUGACAAGAAACAGAAGGAAAUUGCAUUAACUUUAUGUAAUAUGGAGAAGUACUUUCUCCCAUCCUUCUUCACUAUCAUGGUCCACUUACUCAUCCAUUUGGUUGAAGAAGUGAGAUUUGGUGGGCCUGUACAUUAUAGAUGGAUGUAUCCUUUUGAGAGAUUUUUCUUAGUAUUAAAGGAUUUUGUUGGAAAUAAAUCAGAACCUGAAGGGUCAAUUGCUGAGAGAUACAUUGCUGAAGAGGGAAUUUCAUUUUGCUCAAAAUAUCUGGAUGGUCUGCCGACUUUCCCCAAGUCCAUAUCUACUACAAUUUCAUCUAAGGAUGAUGGUGUUUCCUACAAGUUCUUAACUGCUGGAAUGACAGGAAGUAGCUCAUUCCGGCGUGCUAAAAAGGUUACACGUCGAGGAUCUUCCAGUGUAGAACAGAGUAAUAGAACUUCUAAUAAUACAUCGACUCCGGUGCAUCCAGAUUCAUCCAAUGCUAACAACGAACAAUCCCCGAUUCAGUCAUCUCAAGAUUUAAGGCGGCAGGUGCCGCCGGUGAAUGAUGGAAUUUGGCUCAUAGAUGAUGAGGGUGCUCCAAUAAAAAAGAGAGGUCGAACUACUUGUGCAGAGAUACAGAGCAUGCCUCCAGUCAACAUUGUCUUUGCCGCAGGAAUGUCUUCCUGUGCAUCGGCUUUCCUGCCUAUGCGAUUUGCUUUUGUUUACAUGGAAGAUGAGCGUGAUGCUGAGGAUGCAAUCCGAGGACGCCGACUUUGUGUUGAGUGGACGAAGAUUUCUGAUGCGAAGUCUGCCAAAGAAGCAUGGGAGAAGCUUCAGACCUCUUACAAAGGAGCGGAGCAAGUCAAGAAGGUGCGUCUCCAAACAUUAAGAGGUGAGUUCGAAGCCUUACAUAUGAAAGAAGUUGAAGUCGUCUCCGACUACUUUAAGUUAAUGAAGAGAGCCUCGAGUAUGGUAGAAGUCCACAAGCAAGAGGUCAUGGUCGAGGACAAGGCCGUGGUCAUGGACGCGGAUGAGGAAGAGCUUUUCAAAGGAGUCAAAUUCGAGAGCACAAAGCCACUUAAACUCAUACAUACAUAUGUAUGCGGUCCAAUCAAGCCAAGCUAUCUCAGUAAGAGUAAUUAUUUCCUUCUCUUUAUAGAUGAUUUUUCAAGAAAAUUAUGGGUAUAUUCUUUAAAGAAAAAAUCAAAGGUAUUUGAAGUAUUCAAAAAUUUUAAAGCCUUGGCGGAGAAAGAAAGCGGCCUCGAGAUCAAAGCUAUGCAAUCUGAUGGAGGAGGAGAGUUUACUUUAAAGGAAUUUCAAGAAUUUUGUGAAGCCAACAAAAUAUGUCGACCGUUGACCGUCCCAAGAUCUCCUCAACAAAAUGGUAUAGCAGAAAGAAAGAAUCAAACCAUCCUUGAUAUAGCUCGAAGUAUGCUUAAGAGUAAAAGACCACCUAAGGAAUUUUGGGCCGAAGCUGUUGCAUGCGUGAUUUACUUAUCCAAACGAUCUCUAAUAAGAAGUGUGUGGGGAAUGACACCGCAGGAAGCAUGGAGUGGAAGGAAGCUCGACAUCUCUCAUCUAAGAGUGUUUGGAAGCAUAGCCCAUGUGCAUGUACCCGAUGAGCAACGAAGUAAGCUAGAUGACAAGAGUGAGAAGUACAUUUUCAUCGGUUAUGACUCUAGCUCAAAAGGCUACAAGUUAUACAAUCCAAACACUAUGAAGACAAUCAUUAGUCGUGAUGUCAUCUUCAAUGAAGUAGGAGAAUGGGUUUGGACAAAUGAAGAUCACUACAACUUCUUUAAGGAUGGAGAAGUUGAGCAACCAAGGAUGGAUCAAGAAAGAGACGAGCCCAUAACACCACCAACUACACCAACUGCAAGUAUUCAAGAGGAUCCAUCAUCUUCAAGUGAAGGGUCAAGCGAAAAAGUAUCACAUUUUAGAAGUUUACAGAAAAUCUAUGAGGUAACUGAGAAUCAAGACAAUCUCACUCUCUUUUGCCUCUUUGCUGAUUGUGAACCUAUAAAUUUUCAAGAAGCCGUGCAAAUUAAGAAUUGGAAGGAUGCAAUGCACGAAGAAAUUAAGACAAUCGAGAAAAACAAUACAUGGGAGAUAGCUACACUUCCAAUAGGACACAAGAUAAUUGGUGUAAAGUGGGUGUACAAAGUAAAGAAGAAUGCAAAAGGAAAAGUCAAGAAAUAUAAAGCAAGAUUAGUGGCGAAAGGUUGCAGCCAAAUAGCUGGCAUCGACUAUGAUGAGUUAUCUGCUCCUAUUGCUUGACUUGAAACUAUAAGGCUAAUCAUUUCUUUGGCAGCUCAAAAUAGGUGGAAAAAACAUCAAAUGGAUGUAAAAUCUACCUUUCUAAAUGGAGUCCUUGAAGAGAAAGUAUACAUUCAACAACCACCGGGCUAUAAAGUCAAAGGGAAAGAAGACAAGGUUUUGAAGUUGAAGAAGGCUCUUUAUGGGUUAAAACAAGCUCCUAGGGUUUGGAAUAACCGCAUCGACAAGUAUUUCCUUGAGAAUAACUUCAGCAAAUGUACUUAUGAGCAUGCCCUCUACAUCAAAGUCAAGGAUGGGGAUAUUUUGAUAGUGUUCUUGUACGUGGAUGACUUGAUCUUCACUGGAAGUAAUCCAAGUAUGUUUAAAGAAUUUAAGAAAGUAAUGGCUAAAGAGUUCGAGAUGACGGAGAUUGGACAAAUGGCAUACUACCUCGGUAUUGAAGUUAAGUAAAAGGAUGAAGGCAUCUUUAUUUCUCAAAAUGCUAUGAAAAAAAAAAUACUCAAGAAAUUCAAUAUGAAUUAUUGCAACCCCAUAAGCACUCCAAUGGAAUGUGGAGGCAAGUUAUCAAAAAAGGAGAAUAAUGAAAUAGUUAAUCCAACAUUUUUCAAGAGCUUGGUCGAUAGCUUGUGCUACCUGACUUGCAUUAAGCCGUAUAUCCUUUAUCCUGUUGGAAUAGUUAGUCGUUAUAUGGAGGUACCAACAACUACUCACUUAAAGGCUGCCAAGAUGAUUCUUCGAUAUAUCAAAGGGAUGAUUGACUUUGGUUUAUUCUAUUCAUCAUCAAAUGAUUUCAAGCUUGUCAGAUAUAGUGAUAGCGACUAG